GACCUCAUCUUUUCAUGUUUUAAAUAUCAUAUAUUAACCUUAUAUCCUACCAACCUUUACCACCAAGUUAUACAGUGGUAAUAUAUGUUUUGAUAUUUUUUGUUCCAAAAUAUGUAAUAGUGGAUGUCAUUUUUUUCCGUUGAAUCAGUUACUCUUUUUAUUAACGGCAAAAAAGAGACCAUUUGCAAAGCACAAAUAGCCAACCAAUACAACGAAAAGGAAAGCUCGCAUUGAGCAGCCCUAAAAAGCAGAAGGAGAAAAAAACUCUACCCCUACCACGCCCCCCACAAGAACUACCAGCAACUACCAAUCCCUUACAUGUGGAAACUAAGCAGCUGCAGACCUUCAAGUAAUAGUUCAUUAUCAUUAUAUAUAAUCCGCAAUUCAGCAGUAACUUCCCGAACUGGAUGUCAUUUUUUAGAGUACAAUUAAUACGAUUUUUCUAUGAAAAAUAAAUUAUGAAUUAAAAAAAAUAAAUAUAAACGGUAAUAGAGAAAUAUGCAUAGUGAAAAACAAUUUGAUGGUAGUUCUCAUGAUCGUACGGUACGAACGAGGCCGUUUACACCUCUAGACUGGAUAUCAUCCGGCAGCCUGAUCAUGCACCCUUGCGUGGGCUGGGCCAUUUAUAGAUUUGGUGAGAGAGGCCCAUGUAAAACAACGGGCUGCAGGGCCCCCAAUAACAAUGAGUUCAUCAGCCUUCCUGGGAUGGCAAUGGGUCGGGUUGGGGCGGGUUUUGUCAAACCCAAACCCAAACCCAUGGGUUUAUCCGCCAAAAAAAUCCGGGGUAAAACCCGCUGGGUUUGAAAAACUCAAACCCAACCCAACCAGUUGGGUAUUCGCGGGUUCAUGGGUACCCGUGGGUUUUUGUGGUAAAAAAUUUACAAUAACAAUUUUCUUUCAAAAUAAAAGUUUAACAUUAAUUUUCUCAUACAAAUUAUUCAUACAAAAAACACCAAUCUAGAGCAUACAAGCAAACCGCAAAUGAUCAAUACAAAUUGUUCAAAAUUAAAGAUAAACAUCUAUAAACAAUAAGAUUAAUUGAAAGCUUCUUACUCGUCAACUAAGUUUCUUCACUCUCCACUUCAUAAUAUCAACUUCAUUCUAAACAAUUAGAAACAACAAAUUAUAUAUGUCUCCACAAACAUAAAGAAUAUUAAUUGUUUAAGGAAGAUAUAUUAUUUAGAGUAUUAAAUAUACCGGGAAAGUAAUUAUAUGUGUGGGCGGGUACCCAUGGAGCGGGUUGAACUAAACCCAAAUCCAACCCGACCCGGUAAAUAGCGUAGCGGGUUUAAACCCAAACCCGGCCCAAAACCCGUCAACACGGAUUUUUACCCACGUUGAUCGAAUUGGGUCGGGUGGGUACCCGUGGGUUCGGAUUUUAUUGCCAUCCCUUUCCAUCUUCUUCUUCUUCCUUUUUUAUUUUUAUUGGUUUCUUUCUUUUUUAUCGAGAGAUGUUUAAUUUGACUCAUAAAUAAAAGACUUCAGCUUGAAGUGAAAUCCUUCUGUUUAUCUCGCCUCUAAGAUUCACCAAAAGCAACCUAAAACAAUGGAGGUGAAUAAUUUCACAAGUUUGUCCAACGGGAAGCCUUUCUUUCAACUCCAUAUAUAGCCGCCCACACCAAAAACAAAGUCCAACUUCACCUACAGCCAGGAACCAAAUUCUCUGCACAUUUCUUUCUUCUUCUUCCUCCAAAGGGCACUCUUUCUUUGCAUAUUGUGUGUAUAACAAAUAUGGAAUGCAAGCCAACAUUCCUCCAUGGCAUCAUUGAAGUCACCAUCUUCGAUGCUACACCUUACAUCCCUCCAUUUGUCCUCAAUUGCUUACCAACACAUGGGAGCCCAACUUAUGUGACAGUGAAAAUAGACGACAACAAGGUGGCUAAAACCAGCCACGAAAGGGACCGAGUUUGGAACCAAACCUUCCAAAUCCUAUGUGCCCAUCCCUUGGAUUCAACGAUCACCAUCACCAUGAAGACCAAGUGCUCCAUCCUCGGCAAAAUCCACCUCGAAGCACGUAAGAUCGCUACGGAGACCAGCUUCAUCAAUGGCUUCUUCUCGCUCUCCAACGCGGAGAGCGAGAAGAAGAGGAAGCCAGCCGAGAGUGAUUCGGAGCUGAAGCUCAGGUUUAUGUUGUGGUUCAAACCGGCUCAGCUCGAGCCGGCUUGGAGCCAGAUAGUCGGUAGUGGUGGCAAUGGAGGGUUUCAAGGGCUUAGGAAUGCAUCUUUCCCUCUGAGAUCAGAUUGUGGGAUGAGGCUUUAUCAGGAUGCUCAUCAUUGUGGCGGUUUUCAGCCUCCGCCUGAGCUUUGUGGGUCGCCAAGGAAUUUGUGGGAGGAUGUCUAUAAGGCCAUUGAUGAUGCCAAGUAUUUUGUCUACAUUGCUGGUUGGUCCUUCAACCCUAACAUGGUGCUUGUUAGGGACCCUGAAACAGUGUUACCACACGCAAGAGGAGUAAAGCUAGGCGAAUUACUAAAAGCAAAAGCAGAGCAAGGAGUAGCCGUGAGAGUCUUAAUAUGGGACGACGAAACUUGCUUUCCUUUGAUUAAAAACAAGGGCUUAAUGGGAACACACGACCAAGACGCCUUGGCCUACUUCAAACACACAAAAGUCAUAUGCAAGCUCUGCCCUAGGCUCCACCACAAGUUCCCAACUUUCUUCACACACCACCAGAAGACCCUCACCCUCGACUCCCCGAUGGCAGGUACAAUCGGGGAUCGAGAGGUUGUCUCCUUUGUCGGAGGCCUGGACCUCUGCGACGGAAGGUUUGAUACGGAGCAACAUUCGUUGUUUCGUACCCUGAACAAGGAGUCGCAUUGCCAGGACUUCUACCAGACUAGUAUAAAUGGGGCUAGUAUGGUAAAGGGAGGCCCUAGAGAGCCCUGGCAUGAUGUCCAUGCUUGUGUUUUGGGAGAGGCUGCUUGGGAUGUGUUGAGGAACUUUGAGGAGAGAUGGGGGAAGCAAUGUGAUCCUUCUUUGUUGAUUCCCACUUCAUCCUUGGCACAUCUUAGAGCUCCACCAACUAAUGUGAAUGGCACAUUAGAUUCAUCAAACCCUAUGAGGAACUGGAAGGUCCAAGUGUUCAGGUCAAUCGACCACGUGUCAACAUCCCAACUGCCUCGUAACCUAAGAAUCGAGCGGAGCAUCCACGAGGCCUACGUGGAGGCAAUAAGGCGCGCCGAAAGGUUCAUCUACAUUGAGAAUCAGUACUUCAUAGGAGGGUGCCACAUGUGGGCACAUGAUCGAGGUUGCGGGUGCAAGAACUUGAUACCGGUCGAGAUCGCAUUGAAGGUGUCUCAGAAGAUCAGGGAGAGACAGAGGUUUUCGGUUUACAUUGUGAUUCCGAUGUGGCCGGAGGGCUGUCCCGAGGGCGAAACUGUCCACGACAUUUUGCAUUGGACUAGGAUGACAAUGAGCAUGAUGUACAGGAUGAUUGGGGAAGUUUUGCAAGAAUGUGGGGAGCAAGGGCAUCCUAGGGACUACUUGAACUUCUUUUGUCUUGCUAAUAGGGAAGCGGAGAGUGGAAAAGAGUUUGUUCCUCCUUACUCACCUCGUCCUUCGACACAGUAUUGGUUUGCUCAGAAGCAUAGGAGGUUCAUGGUUUAUGUCCACUCCAAGCUCAUGAUAGUGGACGACGCCUACCUAUUGAUAGGUUCAGCAAAUGUCAACCAAAGGUCGAUGGACGGGAGGCGAGACACAGAGAUCACCAUAGGAUGCUACCAGCCUCAACCUCGAGUGAUCGACCCUACUCCUAAAGACGUUCAAAAUUAUAGAAUGUCAUUAUGGUACGAGCACACCGGAGGGAUGGCAGAUGGAGACUUCUUGAACCCUGAGAGCCUCGAAUGUGUGAGGAAGGUUUGCUCCAUAGGAGACCAAAUGUGGGAGAUUUAUAGUGGCGAUGAGGUUGUGGACAUGGGAGGUGUUCAUUUGGUGAGUUACCCUGUCAAUGUGACCAAAGAAGGUGGUUUGGAGGACCUAAUUGAUGAGGGAGAGAACUUUUUCCCUGAUACAAAGACUCCCGUGGGAGGAAGGAGGUCUAAGAUGUUGCCCCCUAUUUCCACCACCUAAGUUGCCGUGAGUGGUAUUCACUCAAAGGAUUGAGACUCGUGUUGGAUGUGUAAAUUUGUGUGUAUAAAUUGGUUUACUUCCAUGCAUGUCCUAAUAACUUUUAGCAGUGUAGAUUAACAUUUAACCGAAAGAAUAUAAAAGACGGAUUUCAAAUAAGUUGAGGUUGAGUUCUACUCAAUUUGGGUUCAACCAGUUUUAAAUGAUCAAGUUCAAGUUUGAUUUGUUUACUAAAAUUUUGGGUCGUGUUUAACUCGAGGUAGACUCGAGGUUGCGUAAUUAAUAAGCACACGAGUUUGCCUCGACCUCAACUCAUUUAUCAUUCUAAAAUAUAAUGCAAUUAAACUAAAAGUAAGAUGUUAUAUAAUUUAAGUAUCCUAAUAUUUAUAUGCGAUGAUGGAUUAAUCAUAAUAUUUUUUAUCAUUAGUUGAUACUAUGUUUAUAUAAUCUCUUGGUGUCAUAUUAUAUAAUUCAUAAGUAAUGAGACAUUUGCUCAUAUAUUCAAAGUAUUAGACAUCAUAUAUAGUGAGAUAUAAAAUCUAACAAAUCUAUGAAUAAUUAGCAAGCCAACAUAAGAUAUCAAUCUAUUCGAGUUGACUCGUUAGCCACAUUAUCGAGCGGACUCAUGAGCUCAAAAUGAACCAACUCACAAGUUUAGCUCAACAAGCCACCAAGUUAAGCCGGUACGCGAGCCUCACGAUAUUAAUAAGGUGUAGCUUAAACUUGACUCAUUAGUAAAUGAGCCAUAUUUCGAACGAGUUUUAUCAAACCAAAGGUCAAGUCACAUGGUGAACAUAUCAUGUCGUUUGCAAACCUAGAAAUAGCUAGACACUAAAGUUAAUUGAAUUGAUGGCACGAGUUUGAUGUAGUUAUAAUUCUGAGGAUUGUAUUCCAGAGGGUCUUUUGAUGGUAACUACUCAAACUAACAACCUAUGUUCAAAGGAAUGCAAAGGAAAAUUAAAUAUGAUGGGUUGAGGAUCCCUAGUAGAUGUUUGACUUCUAUAUACUACCUAGAGUCCUAGACUAGACUCGAAAUUAUGAAGCAAGGAAAGCAUGAUAAAAGACAUUGUUUAGGUUGUGUCAUCUAGACAAUCAUGCAUACAUUUUCAAUAAUAAGAUGCACCUAUGCAUCGAUCUAUUGUGAUAUCCUAUCCCUUCCAUUAAAGUCAUCCUAUUCGAGUUUUCACCACAUGCAAUAGGAAUUAGAACUAGCUAAUGCAUGCUUUUGCUUCAUGCCACUAGACUAAUCGACCAAGCAAGGAAGUAAGGAUAGCUAAUUGCUAUUUAGGGCCUCUACGAGCCAUAACAAUGGUCUAUGGCAUUUGAUUAUUUAAGUAUCAAAUAUCUAUCUCAAUCAUGCAUAAGGGGGUGUAUUGUUCCUUCAUAGACACCGAAAAUAGAUUGUUACCACAUCAGUCGGGUUUAUCGUGCAACAUAUGGUGAUAAUAUAAACAAAGACCAUAGUAGCAUACAAUAGAUGAUUAAAGCAUUAUAUAAGUAAAACACAAGAUGAUACAAGCAUUGAAUGAAAGAGGCAUCUAAGAUGCAUAAAACAUCAAAGAAUUGAAAUCCCUAAACAAUGAUGAAUCAGGACACCAUAAGAGACAAGGUACACAUCACCAUAGAUGAUAAAGGCAUCCUGUUCAAAUUCUAGCAGAACUUUGCCUCCUCCUAUAGAUUGAUAACUUGUGCCCUCUAGGGCAAAGUGGGAGUGUAAAAGUUUUCUAGAGCUAGAGUUUAAGCUCCUAUUUAUAGUACAACAAGGAAGGGGAUUUUAUAGGAUUUUCAUGAAGUCGGCCAAAAGCAUCAUUGGACGAGUGGGACUCGGAUUUCUCUACUUGGGGCCGAAGUAAGCAUCCUCUAGAAGCUUCCUUGGGCUUGGGCCUAGCAGCAGUGAUUUGGUGGUCUGGGUCGUCGUGGAUUUUCUUUGUGGGCUAGGUUGCUUGUGGGACAAGUAACUUCUCCUCCAAAAUUCGGUGAGACUUCAUGGGCUAUGACCCGCUUUGACCUUCGUCAAUGGUAAGUCUGUUGCACUACCGAGUCUGCUUCUAUGGGCCAUAAAGUGAGAAUCUGAUGUCAACCCAUCUAUGUUUGAGCCCAUGAGUUUGUAAUAUCGUCCUCCUUCUAGUCUAUUGAUGAUCCAUAUUCAUCUUGAGUGUAUUCUAUUCUUGAAAAGCAGAAAAUAACACCAAAAGGGGUAAAACAGUACACAAACACACUUAAUGUCUAUCUUCGACACAUUGAUCAAAUGGUUAAGAUAUUUAUAUGAAUCGGGGAAAAAAAUAUUAAACAUGCAUUGAUGGAAGGGAAAAUAUAUCAUAUAUGAUAGUGAUAAACACUAUAAAUUGAAUGUCAUCAGAAGCCAUGAAUUAUGAUGAUUUCUACUUAUCUAGCUUGAGGUCUAGGGUAGGGUCUAGUUAUGCAAUUGUGUAUAACUACAUUUGACCACUUUAUUUUUAGUAGGAUUGUUGUUUGAAUUUAUAUCUACGUACUUUUUAAUGAUUUAUAUCUUUUUUGUUUUACGUCGUAUUUUGAUUUUUUUUUUACAGAUGGAACAAGUUCAUUGUGGCGUAUACAUUUCGAGUGAGAAUUUGUGUACGAUACCAGUUUUUAACACCCUAGUACCACCUUAUUUUUAACUCAAAUUUUAAAAAUAUUUACACAGAAGGAACACGUUGAUGGUGAUUUACAAAUUUGUGAAAAAUCAUUUCACAACCAAAUAUAUCACCCUAGUAUAGUGUGGUAACUAAUGGUAAACGAUGGUGAAUGUGGUAGAUGGUAGUUAGUAUAUUCCUAUAUAAUAUGUACAGUCAUUCUACACUAUAUUUUAUAAGCAAGAAUAUAGUGUAAAAUCGUUA